AUGUUCCGUCUGCAGAUGACGUACGAUUUGUCGCGGUUGACACAGGACAUUCCGCACGACAAGUCGGAGCCGUCGCCCAAGCCGCUGGUACUGAAUCACCUGCCAGGGUACGUUUUCGUUUUUUGGCGUUCACAAUGAUCCUAGUCCGUUAUUUCAGCGCUUCCGAUCAGAAUGGCAACACGAGCUCGCGUCGAUGCACCAUCAGCCGUUCGUCGUCGAUCGACUCGAUUUCGGGGGUUCGGAUUUUUGAAAGUCGACAAUUUUUCAAUGUAAAUUUUAGGAGAUUCUCAUCCAAGACUAUUUGUCGUCGUCGGAAGAGCUCGACAAGUUGAGCAGCGCGCUCAGCGAGGUAAAUUUUCAUACAGUACUCUAGAAAACAAUUAAUUCCACGCACAUUACACACCCACACACACUCACAUACGAAUGAAUGAUGUUGCGCUAGGCGUGAGGCGAUUCACGUGAACACCAUCCACCAGGGCAAAGUCCACUCAUUCGGCACGGCCCGCCCGCCCGCCUCGCCACUACUGUCUCGGCGUUGUAUUAAUGAUGAGUGUCUUCUUGUUCUGGUGUGGUGGUGCGUCAGCUGGGGAAAGGGCAACCGCUGCUGGGGGACCGACACCUCGAUUACUGUAAAGAGCGAUGAUCCACGUUGAGAGUGCUUAUCAAGUUUUGGUGCCAGGCACCGAGAGUCUUUCGCGGAAACGUCAAUUGAUAAGUUGGCAGCUUUUCCGUUAUCGCAGAAAGUUCGAGAAGUUUGGAGGUUGCACAAACACGUGGGUAGAAAUUAGCAGAUAACAGAAAGAAACGGAUGAUUCGAACUGUUAUGGAAGGUUCCAAAAGCUUCGGAAUGCUGAUGGUACCUUCCAAAGUCAUCCAAGCUGAAAUUAGCCAAAAACGGAGAGAAUGACUGCUCUGGACGAUUUGUACACUCAACUUUUUUUCUGAAUACAAUCUAAAAAUUUUGUUAAAGUUAGCACUGAACUUUGAAAAUGUAUAGAAGAUUCGCAAACCGUCAUCAAAUUCUGACAAAAAAUUGAGUGAAUCAGAAUUUUUUAAAUUAGCAGGGACUUUCCUUGUUAGAUCGAUGCUCUUAGAAGGCUUUCUAGAUCCCUUAAGAAUGUUCGAGAUUUUUGAUUUUUCGGUAUUCCUAAACCCGUAUGUCACAAAGCCUCCAGACUCUGUCCGUGUCUAGAGGACGCUGAAGUCAGCACAUUUUGUUCUCGCCCCCUAGACAAACAAGUUUUUCGUUUCGUUGCAAGAGUUGAUCACUGGCGGUGUGAUCCUUGGUCUUUCUCGUCUCCGACGUCCGUUCGUCCCGGCCACGUGUGUAUUGUGUCCUCGGAAUGAAUGAAACGGACGAUAUCAGUUGGUUGUGUUGAUGUUGUGAUCUGAAGUGCGAUAGCAAGUGGCCAACUCGGAACAUCUCUCUAGCUGAAUGACUGUCGGCUUUUCGCAAAUGACAUCAGCGAGCGUCCAGAGUUUUUUUUUUUGAUUGACAGGACAUGGACAUGAGGUUAUCAAAGUACACACACACACACACACAUAUUAGACUUUGUCCCCUGACCGAGAUGGUCUCACAUCUGAAAAUUGGAAGAGACAAAAACAAUCGCAGGGGCCGAACAACAAUCGGCUGCUGCGAGUGAUCUGUGAAUCAUUUACACUGAUAGCACUUCAGAAAAUUGACGGAGAGGAAGUCGGAGAAUAGGAAAGGGGAAUGGUGUUUGGUGGAGUGUGUCAUCAGCUAAAGCUACACGAAGGAUGUUUGUAAAUUGUUGGUCCUUAGCAUUCACAUUUUGGUUCAGCAUCCAGCUCGACGAUGUCAAAAACAAGCGACACACAGAGCGUUAUCACUCGUCUCCUCUUCAUCACUCGGGCGUGUAUGUGCCGCCAGCUGGACAAACAAAUACAUCAUCAUCUUCUUCGUCUUAUUUUCGAUCUCUCUUUCCUCUCCUUUUCUCGGCCAGAAUCGUCGUCACAAAAGAAGAGAUGAGCGCAAACUUCGAGACGAACACGAUAUGCGCGCUGUGCAAAGCCACCUUCGACUAUUAUUUCCGAUCGCUACGCCUUCUGCCCUUCAUCGCUACCAGUUUGGAGCGAGGAGGAAAAGAUAAGGUCUCUCUCUCUCUCUCGUUCUAGUUUGUACACACAGAUGAUCGGAAAUCUCAAAACAAAUGCGGUGCGGAUGAUUUUCUGGUGUACGCCCUAGGGGGUCUUAAGGGUCGGCACAAAAUUAAUUGAGAACGGAUUGUAUCACGACUGAUUGGUCGUCUGAUGUCACGCUGGGAUCUUUUUUAAAGAGGCUGUUAAGAGAAAGUCCAAAACCUGACGCGAAAAUUAAAGUUUGUUGGCUAAUACUCGAGCACCAACUAGUCGUACUCUUUCUCAUUUUCCCCGAUUUCAGGCCUCGUCGGAUGGCGGAAACGAGACGUCGACGUCGCUGAUCUACGACAUGUUCCAGGCGCAACUGGCGCUCUGGACGUGCGCCUUCUCGCUGCUCUACCUCUACGCGUGGAUGCAGCACCGCAAAAAGUUUUUGCUCAGCAUUGUAAGCGUCCCGAAACUCAACAACUGUUCAGCACUCGAAUCGUUUUGCAGUUCAUUGUGGUGCCGGUGACUUUUACGCUCACGUGCCUCAUGUCCUGGCUGCUGGGCAUCAUCGUCAUCACCGGACGCAUCUUCUCGACGCCCGUCGACUACAAACACUACUUUGAUUUGUCGCGCCACGGAGGUCUCGAUUUUGGUAAGUUUCGUUUGAAAACUCGUUUUUUCUUGGAUCGAAGUAGACUGGAUCCAAUAUUCCGACCGGUCGGAUUAUCUAGUCCCGAGAUCCGAGUUUUAGCGAAAGCUCGGUCUAUUCGGCCCCAGAUAAUCCGAUCGGUCUGAAACUUGGACCCAGAAUACGUCAAUCCAAGUCCAGGAAGCCUGCAAUAUCUCUGCCCGAUCGGAUGAUUGCAAGUGGGUCGAAAGACCUCUGCCCAGCCCUCAAACUUCAUUUCUAAAUGGCCUCUUGCAGAUCGCGAAUUUGUGUGCGAAGCGUUCCGCGAGCGGAGCAUGUCGGAUUUGUCGAACUCGAUCAACGACGACGCGUAUCUGCCGAAGCCGUUGUGCAGAAGACACAGCUCUCUCAGGUGCGUUUUUUGGGAUCUCGGAAAGUUUUCUCGAGCUGUUCUAAAGCUGAAUGGGGCUAGAACAGUGAACAACUUUUAGGCCUGAAAAACGGUCUCAAAUGAGUAUUGCGGGCCCUGAAGCUUUAACCCAAAAUUCUUGAGGCAUCGUAGAUUUUGAAGCCCGACCUUGAAAAUGUAUCUGUAUCUUUUUCUUGAAUUUUUAAAUUCUAUAAUUGUUUCCGGUCCUAAUGCGAACAUUCUUUCAGCUCGCUGUGCAGCCGGCCGCCAUCGGUGAACCGAAAACUCUCGUACGCCUUCUCGCACUACAAUCCGCACUGUGAAGAGCAAACCGAGGAAUAG